AUGACUGCUGUCUUUUUCCAUUCGCCCUCUCGCGUUGUCCACUGUGUGUGCGGUGGGAUGCGGGUUUUUAGAGGUGCGUAUUGUUGGCCACGUGUUUCACGAUUUGUUCACGCGGUGCGAUGGUCCUCGACGUCAGGAGUGGGAGGUGCGACGCCUGCCUCUCGUGCGGAGAUGUCACACGUGAAACCAGCGUCGUCGUCGUCCGAAUUGUGGAGGUCUGGGGAGGACUCGCGGACUGUGACGAUAGGGAGACCACAUGUGGAGGCCACGACGCCGGAGCAAGUGGAAAAGACAUUUCGAUUGUCGGUUCUGGCCCGCACCGCCAGUAACGUUCAACUCCGUCGCUAUUUGGAGCAGUUACAGCCAAAAGAUCACGCUUUGGCGCUUGCAGCGGUACGAGGGGCGGAGGCUGGCGGACUUCGUGUGGACGCCAAAACGAAUGAAGUACAUCUCAUGAAAUUAAUGGACGGUGGCCAGUUACGAGCCAGCAUGGAACUCUACCGUCGCAUGAUCGAUAGUCGUAUGACCCCCACAGCCAAUACAUACGCCACGUUGAUGCACAUGUGUAUACAACGUGAGAUGCCUGAGGCGUGCCAGAAGAUGUUUGAGGAGAUGGUAAAGCGUGGCCAAUCGCCGAAUACAAAAAACUAUGAGUUGUACAUCACGUCUCUUGCGAUGGAAAACCCACCAAAGUGGGAAAAGGCAGUUGAGGUGUUUGAUCACAUUUCACGGGAUCGACGUGGGAAACAUUUGACGGCCAUGACAUACAAUUCUCUUAUGCGGGUUUAUCUCAAUAUGACCCCUUUUGAUUGGCGAGUUGUGUACAACUGUUACCAUGAACUUCGAAAUCGCAAACCACCUAUUCUAUUACAAUGGGAAAGCUAUUUGUUAGUGGCGGAGGCGCUGCGUCGUGGAAGGGUUGGAUACAUUCGUCGCUUCAUCACAUAUUUGGAUGCCUGGUUUUGCGUGACACCCAUUCGUUCCGUGGAGUUCUUGUUUGGUAUGGCAUUGUACGUGGGCGCCAUGUUGGUGUUGAAGGCGAUUAUCAGCUGGUUGGUUGUGAUUUACUAUGAGCGGGUUAUCGCGGCAAAGAAGGGUGUGUCCGAGUCUAUUUUGUAG